CCUCCUUCCGUCCUUGUUUCAAAAGGAUAGGAAAAGCCAACAGAUCCACUUAUUAACCUGCAGUUUCUUUGGAGCCUGCAGCUCCUAAGGCUGCUUCCCCAGAAGAGGAGCCCCACUGAGUCCAGUGACUUACUCCCUGGUAAUUUUUGAGGAUGCAGCUGACUGUGUCCCUUGAAGGAGCGACAAGUUGCGGCUGAUUGCAAAUUGAUGAAAUUUCAUCCUGGUGCUUCUGAAAGAGAAUCAGAGGAACAUGGCCUCUCUGGACUUUCCUAGUGUGACAGUGAAACUUGAAGAUGAAGAAGAGGUACCAUGGGUCCCGAAUAAUCAAGGAUCAGAGGAAAAUGAGAAUUUCCCAGGGUCCCAUUCAGAAUUUUCUGUUCCUAAAUCAGAAGUGAUCCAUGGAGGAGACCCUUGGAUUCCAGAGCCUGUUUCCAAAGAAAGGGAGAUCCCAACAGACUAUGGCUCAGAGCUUCCAGAUGUGAUAAUAAAACUGGAACAAGAAGAGGAUCCCUAUGUCCCUUACCGCCAGGUUUCAGAGGCAGGUGGAAUGUUCAAAGGGGCCCAGUCAGGAGAUGGGCAUGAAAGAAUCUUUGCAGGAGAACUACCAUAUUACUCUGGCUGUGGGAAAAACUUCAGUGAUAAACCAGACCUUAUCAAGCAUGAGAAUCAAAGCAUGGCUGAAAAACCACACAAGUGCUCACGCUGUGCGAAAAGUUUCAUGAAAAGAUCCAACCUUCGCACACACGAGAGAAUCCACACUGGAGAAAAGCCAUUCCGCUGCUCUGAGUGUGGGAACAGUUUCAGUGACGGCUCCAGCCUUAUUAGACAUAAGCGAAAGCACACAGGAGAAAAACCCUACAGUUGCUCCUCCUGUGGCAAAAGGUUCAACCAGAGCUCCAGCCUUAUCAGGCACGAGAGGAGCCACACGGAGCAGAGGCCUUAUAAAUGCCUGGAGUGUGGGAAAAGGUUUAAUCAGAGUUCUACCCUGGUACGGCACGAGAGGAUCCACAGAGAACAGAGGAUGUUUAAAUGCUCGGCCUGUGACAAAAGAUUUAUUCAGAACGCAAGCCUUCUUGCACAUGAGAGAACUCACAGGGGAGAGAAACCAUACUGCUGCACACUGUGUGGGAAAGGCUUUGUUCAUAAAUCAAAUCUUCUUAUUCAUGACAUGAAACACACUGGUCUCAAACCGUUUAAAUGUCCAGACUGUGGCAAGGGAUUUAAUCAGAAUUCAAGCCUGGUCAUUCACAGGAGAAUUCAUACAGGAGAAAAACCCUAUAACUGUUCUCACUGCCGGAGACCCUUUAGUGACAAAUCAAGCCUUAAUAAGCACGAGAGAGCCCACAGAGGGGACAAACCAUAUAAGUGUUCAAACUGUGGGAAAUGCUUUGUUCGAAGGUCACACCUUCUGACACAUGAAAGGAUUCAUACAGGAGUAAAGCCGUUCAAAUGUUCACACUGUGGGAAAAGCUUCAGUAGCCGAUCACAUCUUAUAAGGCAUGAGGGAACCCACACAGGAGAGAAACCUUACGACUGUUCUUUCUGUGGGAAAAGUUUCAACAGGAAAUCCAACCUGACUAACCAUGAGAGGACCCACACCGGGGAGAAGCCUUACAAAUGCUCUGACUGCGGAAAGAGCUUCAGCGACAGGUCGAGUCUCAUUAAACAUGAGAGAAUCCACACAGGCGAGAAGCCCUACAGCUGUGGGGCCUGUGACAAAAGUUUCAGCGACAAAUCAAGCCUCAUCAGGCACGAGAGAAUCCACACCGAAGAGAAGCCUUACAAGUGUUCGGAUUGUGGGAAAGGGUUCAACCAGAGCUCGAGCCUCAUCGUGCACGAGAGAACCCACACAGGAGAGAAACCCUUUAAAUGCUCAGACUGUGGCAAAGGCUUCAUUAGGAGAACAAUCCUUAAUAAGCAUGAGAGAACCCACACUGGAGACAAAGAAUAAUGUUCAGGACAGUGGAUAAGAUCUGCUAUGGUCUACAAUGCAAGGGUGGGCAACCUGGUGCCCUUGAGAUCUUUUGGACUGCAACUCCCAUAUGCCCUAGUUAACAUGGUUAAUAGUCAGGGAUUGUGAACGUUUUAGUCUAGGACUUCUGGAGGGCUUAUCUCGGUCUUGGGCUGUCUUACACAUGAAGGAGCUCUGGAGGAAGGAAACUAUUAGAGUUAAUGUAGUGUAGGAGCAGAGCUGUAAACCAAAAAGCUCCUGGUUGAGAUGCUGCCCCUACCAUGAUCUUAGGAGACCUUGGCUCACACUCCUGGAUUCACGCAUAGCCUACGGUGCAUACAGAGCUACAGGUGCUUCAAUGAGUUGAUUUCAGUGAGUGAAUCAUGCUCAGCUCUAGCAUUGGAUUACAAAUUCUGAUACAUUUCUGCAUGCAGAUGAUCUUUGUAUAAAACAGGGAUGGGCAACUUUGGUGGGUCUGGGGGGGGGGGUGAUAGUUCCUCCCUUGGACCUGUCAUAGACUGUGCUUCUUCCCAAAAUAAUCCCACCAUCAUUUUUAAAAAACUUAAAAUGACAUAACGUUUAAUGUUUUUGCAGAAGACACUAGAAGGCCUCUCAUAUGCAGUAAAGUGAGUAUGACCUGUGUGUGGCCCCCAUGUGGUUGGACCCCCAAGGCCACUUUGGUAUUCCCAUACUAUUUUCCCACUCAAAUGCCUCUGGGUGCAUGUCACUAUAUUUCAGCUUCUGGACAUUUUAGGCCCAGCAGAGGACUUUUUAAAGAGGAAAUAAUAGGAAGUGAACAGAAAGUAACUCCUGGAUCACUUCUUGUCGUAAAAAUAGAUCCACCUGGCUUACAGUGGGCCAAGGGAGGUUGAAAACAUAGUGAAGAUGCCUCUUAGAGGGUGUGUGUGUGUGUGUUUGCAGAAGAGAUGUGGGUCCCUCCCCAAAGAUCUCCAGAGGGAAGCUGAUGUGACCUUCUCAUCUUUGACAGUUGCUCCCUCUCUGUAUGUUGGUUUAGGGAGAGGUUUGUGUCUUCUGGAUGUGGCAAUUCCCUUUUAAGUCCAAAAAUAAAAUAUAGUAUUUUGAACUGGAGAGCUCUUGGAGCCACAAAGAGUAUUGUAUGUAAGGGCUCCUGAUGUAAGAAAUGAGAAGGGAUGUGCAAGGUAGUCUACACCGGUUAUAGGCACACCUCUGGCUCACGGUCGACUUUUUGUUUAUUUAUUUUUAAAACAGAAGAUUUAUUAAAUCCAUUGGCCCAAGUGCAAUGUUGUUCUGACUCUUGAGUGCUAGCACAGGAGAACUCCCCCCCCCCCCCAACUCCAUUUGUCCUCUUGGCUCUUGCAAAGGAGUAGGUUUUGGGAAUGCAUGGAGUACUACAGUUAUGAUCCCUUUAGUACCCCAUGCAUGGGGUGGGGUGGGAAAAACAAGGGCAGUGCCCCCCCCAUAAGAAUUCUGCCUUCCCCAUGGAGUUUUGAUGAAGUGAUUUGAGUGUUGAGCUAGGACACUGAGAGA